AAAUCAUUUGAACUGUAGCUUGGAAGAUCAAGCAAACAUGUUCUAAACAGCUUCGAUAACUCGCGCUAAACCCUAGUUCCUACAGCCGGCUUGUACGCUGCAGAGGGGAAAUACGAGAUGUGCGGCAGGGUCCGCUGCACCCUCAGCCCGUCCCAGGCCGCCAGGGCUUUCGGCUUCCCGACCAGGACCUGUGCGGCAGGCAGUACGAUUGCUCGCGGCGGCGGCGGAGGAGACGUCAUCCCCACGGUGCCAACGCUCCAGAUGGACCGGUAUCGGCCGUCGUACAACGUUUCGCCGGGGGCAUACCUGCCGGUGGGAACCAUGCGGCCGUUGCCGGCAGGGUGUGAUGGUGGAGGGGGCGUCGACAGGGAGGUGCCGGUAAUCCAGUGCAUGAAGUGGGGACUUGUGCCCAGCUUCACCGGCAAGAACGAGAAACCAGAUCAUUUCAGGAUAUUCAAUGCACGGUCAGAGUCUAUAAAAGAAAAGGCAUCCUUUCGGCGACUUAUAUCAUAUAAUAGGUGUCUUGUGGCAGUAGAAGGUUUCUACGAAUGGAAAAAGGAUGGGUCAAAAAAGGUGCCAUAUUACAUUCAUUUCCAAGAUCAGAAGCCCCUUGUGUUUGCUGCUCUCUUUGACACUUCUACAAACUCGGAAGGAGAGACCAUCAAUACAUUUACUAUUUUGACUACUCGAGCUUCAACUUCUCUGAAAUGGCUCCAUGACAGAAUGCCAGUAAUCUUGGGUGACGAAUACUCCAUCAAUACUUGGUUGAACAGUGCAUCUUUGAAACUUGAAGAAAUUACAGUACCCUAUGAAGGAGCAGAUCUUGUUUGGUAUCCUGUGACAGCUGCAAUAGGCAAAACAUCUUUUGAUGGGCCUGAGUGCAUGAAAGAGUAUUCAUGUGAUAAUCAACUGCAGCUGGUAGGGGCAUUGAGCCAGGAGACUAAGGCCCAACCCAAGGUACAAAUGAGACCCAAUGAAAAUCCAAUCUCGACAUUCUUUGCGAGGAAACCAGUGAAACUGGAGAAGAUAGAUCAGGAUUUCGCAGAAACAAAAGCCCUUCGAGCUGCAAAAGAAGAAUGCUAUGAAACAGCAGAAAACCAACUGGAGAAAACGUACCAGGCUCAGAUGGAAGAGAAGCAAGAUGCUUCUACUAUAGUAGAUCAACCCAUCACUUUGGAACAUGAUGUUGAGAAGGCUGAAACCAUGAAGCAUGACGACCUUAUAUUUAAAGCAACACGGAAACAGGAUGCUUUAUGCUUGAAGAGGAAGAUCGAGGAUGCUGAAGUUCAUUCGGACAGAGUGAUCGGGAACAGUGCCAGGUCUCCUGUUAACCAUGUGAAAAAGAAGGAAAAAAGCUCCAAAUCUGUUUUGGUUGGACAAGCAUCACUGCUUUCGUAUUUUACAAAGUAGUUUUUCACGUAAUGUACCUUCGGAAGGACAUCACCUUACCGAGCAGCUAUCUUCAGUGUCAAGUAGAGUUUCAAAUCUUUUGCUAAUGAUGUAGCCAAGUAUAGAAAUGUUCACUUUUAGCUUGUUCUGUUACGCACUUUCCGGGUGCAGAAUGCGGAUACUUGUUGAAAAAUUGGCAUUGAUA